AUGCAAUCUACACUACCGCUAGCGUCUACAGUGUCGCUUCCGGAACAUACAGGAGUGUUGCUGCCUGGAGGCUACGUCAUCGUGGACCCGCGCAGCGCUGAGGUGGCACAGAUUGCGGAAUUCGUGGUCGCGGACAUGAAUGCUAAGAUGGACGCGGAUGUGCAUUUAGAAAUCGUCAACGCAGCGGAAAAGCACGCCUCGAGCGGUCACAGCUCCUCGGGUUACAACUCUCAAAGUUUCAGCUACGACGUGGUUUUCACCGCUACAACCACCACCCACGCCACCCACGCGCACUCCCCAAGCCGGAAAGCGAGCGUCGCGGAGCGGUGGUCGAAAAUGAUUACCAGCCAGCUGGCUUAUGUGGUGAUGCGGGCUGAGAGUGAGGAGAAUGAAGAGGAGGAGAGUGAGGGGGAGGAGAGUGAGAGGGAGGAGAUUGAAGCGGAGGAGAGUGAGGAGACAGAGGGGAACGGCGACCAGCGCCCCUCCUGCCGGGCUUGUCCGUGCCUGUCGCAGUUCCCAAAGCAGGCGACUGUAGCACCGGCCGUAGCGCAGGGAGAGACCCAUUGGGAGAGCGGUACACCCAGGCUGGGCUGUCGGUGA